GAGAGAGAGAGCUCUGCGGCUCUGGACAACAAGGGGCGGGGCUUCCGUCCCAUUUCUUCAAGCUGAAGCCGAUAUCCACUUAAACAGCGACCUCUACACAUCUCUGGCUCUUCAGGUAUGCUGCAUUAAGCCUGAGGAACAGGAACAGCUCACAUUCUGCUCAGUGGACGGUGAGAAAGUCUUCUCGGGCGAUUUGGAUUACACUUUUACCACCAUUUACUCUUUUGCACGCUCUACAUACAACACAUCAGCAGGUCUACACAGACCACUCAGAUACAUCAGAUCUGACAGCACUAACGGAGAGAUCUUCACUCUGACUAUAAAUCGCACGUACUAGAGCGUCCCUUCCUUCACGUGACAUUUUUUUCAAUCGUAACCCUUCCAUUUGGAAAAUCCCGAUAUGAAUCUCUCAUUGGACAACCCUUAUGGUGACGUCAGCAUUCCCAGAGCCAAGCUGCGCUCGUAUGACGACUCCAGCACGGUCAUCAUCAACCCCAUGGCGCUGGAGAGCUCGUACAAUGGGAACGCUUCCCAAAACCCGUACGGCAGUUUUAAGGUCUCGGGAGGGGACGCUCCAUCCGGCGUGCCCGUCUACGGUCAGUCUAAAGGCACCAAUCUGAACAGUAACUACACCGUCAAGGAGGACGAGGAGCAGGUGAGCCGCUGCUACGCUUGCUGCUGCCGCUGUCGCAGGAGGAAGUGAGGACGUCUGGCGCGAACCAUGGAUUUGCAUUGGAAAGAGUAAUGGAGAAGGAAUUGCUUUCUGAACUGGAGCUGCUGGUUGAAUUAUUGACCGCCGAGAACGUGCGUCUUCCCGAGAACUCGCUGAGAAGUGAAGACCACGAUAUUAAGAGUUGCGAACAGAACAGUGUUAACACUAUACAAUGUAUAUUUGAGCUAAAAUUGGUCUUAGCGUUGAACCUGAUGCUUUUCUGUACUGAACAAAUGAUAUUACAGUAAUUUAUUUUCGUCCCCUCUUAUUAAUGUUUAGGGUUUUUUUUUGAUCAGCUUCAACAUGCUUGAUAACAAGCAGUAUUGGUUAUGUUAUUCAGGUUUUUUGCGCUCAGGGAUCCCUCAAGGAACCCCUCUGAGACCAGUCUGCUUGAUCUUCUGUGCUUCUUUGUCUGACGGUGGAGGAAUAAGACGAGGUUUCAAGUUGCAAGUUCAUUCAUACUCAAAAAUGGAGAUGUCCGGUUAGGGAUAGAGAUUAGAAAUACACCUACUUCCUGACAGAUCAGGACAGAAAUUGGUGCAUAGUAGUGUCUGGGAGCAGCCACUUAAAAACGGAUAUAGUUUAAAAAAAACAAAAACAAGGAAACGUUCUAAAUUUUCACAAUUUUUCUAGGUGACUAUUUAAAUGUAAGCAAAUUUGGGACACUACACAUAAAUCCUUUGUAGAAAAGGUCAGAUUUUCCCUCAAGUCUCUUCUCUUUCCGCUGAAGCUCACGUUCAGGUGUUGCUGCGGUGAAAAUUUCCGAUUUCUAGAAACUGAUGUAAAUAUUUACUGUACAAGGUUUUACUUUUCCACCCAAAGCUGCGUAUCUGAAAUGUAUUCGAAUAGGGAAAACAGAUGCACUACCUAUAAAUCAAGAGCCCUGAACUUCCCUGUUUGUUAAGAUGAAACUUCAUUAAAGUCGCAUGACAAUGAAGAAAAAGAAAGAGUCAAAUUUUGAGUCAUGGUGCAACAUCCAUAGGAAUGAACUAACCACAGCUCCUGCACAGACAUCCUAGGAAUUAAUAUAUUUAUAUAUCAAAGUGACAAAAUGGUUUCUUUUUCAUUUCUGUUGAACCACCAUCACCACCACCGCCACCACCAUCACCACCACCAUCACGGGUUUUUCAGUUCCAGCCCUGUGUGCAGAUCAGACAAGAAGUUGCUGUGGAAGUAGGGGAAGUUUUUAACAUCAACACCUAGUUACAACUGCUGGUAAAUCAUGCAUGCAUAAACACACACACACACACACACACCCCUGCUUUCCAUCUGCAGAAAAGGAAAAGCAUCAUUAAAAUGAGCUAUUUUUAUCUUUUCUUUCUUUUUAACAGAUUAUAUGAAGGAUGAAGUUAAUGUGUCUUACAGGAGGUGCCUUAUAUUUAAUUCCUAGCCUAUGAUGUUAAUAGGCUAGCUAUAUUUGAAGUGACUCUCCCUGUUCUGACCAGAUAGCUAUACGUAUAAUUUAUGGAAUGUCAAAUAUCUUGAAUCGAAAAUGUUACACAUUUACAAAUUUUGGUGAAAACUG